UCGACCUCGAAAAUGCAAUUUCUUCUGCAUGUGUAUCUUGCAUUUUUAGCUCUUUUGCUUGUCUAGGGUUUAGAUUUUUUAGUUUUUGAGUUUUUUUUUUGGCUUUGAUGAAGUGGUUUGAGCUGUCAUUGUUUGAACGAGCCGGGAGUAAAUUCGGAAAUUUAGGGUUUUAUCUGACACGUUCGAUUUUCAGGGGGACCUCAUUGUAAUGUUGUUGCUGUAGCUGUCUUCUUCAUUGAAUGCGAUAUUUUAGCUUGCUUGUCGGAUGGAUGGAAAGAGUUGUGUCUCUCAAUUGUACUGCGAAGUCCAUGGAUUCAUCAGGUGUAAGCCCCAUUGAGGACACCAUUCAGGCAUUGUUAGAUUACUUGGUUGAUCCAAUGCUACCGGCAAAAUCCUCUGCACGGGAUGACCCCUCACUUCCUCAACAGCAACUAGUGGCGAAACAGGUGCAUGCUGUUGUGUUGCUUUACAACUACUACCAGAGAAACCAACAUCCACAGCUAGAGUUUCUAGAAUUUGAACAGUUUUGCAAAUUGGCAGUAGUUUUGAAACCAACUUUGAUAGCACAUAUGAAACUCAUGCAAAGAUCCAAUGAUAGUGAAUUGGAUGAUGUGGGAAAUCAGCUUUCAUUGACAGAGAAAACAAUUAUGGAUGCAUGCGAUAUAUGUCUGACUUUAGAUGCUUCAAAAGAUGUUCCAAAUACAGAGGGAUGGCCAGUUUCCAAAGUCUCGGUUUUUUUAAUUGAUUCUAAGAAGGAGAACUGCUUGCUGCUGUUCAGUUCCAUCACCCAGGGGGUUUGGUCAGUCAUUGAAAAAGAUCUUGAUGCCUUCAAUCACAAUUCUGAUGGUUUGAUGGAGCCGAAACACGUAAACAGAAAGAAAAGAAUUAUUAAAAAGCCUCUGAGAGAUGAAUCAAUUGUUGAUGAAGCUGUGUUGCAGCAGCUUUCAUUUUCAGCUGUUAAGGAAGCAACAGGCAUUGAUCAAACUGAUCUUUUGGUUUUGGAGAGCCACAUUGUAUAUUCUUUAAGUAAAGAAAAGACAACCACUCGCUUUUAUAUAAUGCAGUGCACUGAAUCAAUCAACGAGGAAGUCAUUCAAAUUCCUAUUAAAGAUGUGAUUGACAGCUUACAAGGCCCUUUGGUCAAACAAAGUUCGUGUGGUUGGACGGUGACCCCUGUUGUUGAAUAUUUCAAUGUGCUUCCUUAUGCUGGAAUUUUGGUGGACUGCUUUUCUAGCAGUGAAGUUUUGUCAAAUGGUUCCAAAAUUUCAAGGAUGGGAUUUGAAAAUGUAAAUGUGAAUGGCUCUCAGAGGACUGGGAAAUCUAGUGAUGCAGAAAUUAAUAAAAGCACAGAUGAGUCGCAUAGUAACGGCAGCACAGUAGCUGACACCAUGAUAAGUGGUACAAGUACUCAAUCUCCAAAGCAGAAAGAUAACAAUGGAUGUGGCAUACUCUGUUUCCCCACUGCUUUCUGUGGGGCUGAUGGCAUGGAUGAAGAUGAUUCUGUUUCGGCUUGUGAGGCAAAUGCAGUUAAAACUAAUAACAUCCACAUUGCUCUCCAAGUUGAUUAUCACAAAGAACAGUCUGCUGUCCCCAUAAACAGGGAUCUAAAUGACACAGCAAGUUAUUUCAUUUCCGAGAUGACUGUUUUGGGUUGCCAGCCAAAUGCAGGCAAAAGUAGUAAUAUCCCAAAUACAGUCCGAGUUAAUGAUUGCAAAGAACAGACUGCUCCAUUUGCGGAGAGUGAUCUAAAUACCUCAGCAAGUGGUGUCAAUGUUGAGCUGAAUGCAGGCAGAAGUAGCAAUAUCCCAAAUACAGCUCUAGCUAAUGAUCACAAAGAACAGACUGCUUUCUCCAUGCAGAGUAAUUCAGGAACUGGUGUCAAUGUCAAGCUGAAUGCAGGUAGAAGUAUUAACAUCCCAAAUCAUGUUCAGGUUGAUAAUUGCAAAGAACAAAGCUCUGUUGGCAGUGAUUUAAAUGCCUCUGCAAGUAUCAAUGUCAAGAUUGCAGGCAAAAGUAGUAAUAUCCCAAAUACAGUCCUGGUUGAUGUUCCCAAACAACAAACUGCUCCCCCAAUGGAGAGUGAUCGAAAUGCCUCAGCAAGUGGUGCCAGUUUUGAGGUGGAGAUGGUUGAUUCUGUGAUGCCAUGUGUUCCUGAUAACGGGGGUGAAAGGCUUGGUGCUGGAAACAAGGUCUCCAGGGCAGCGCUGGCUGAUCAAGAUGAAAAGCAGAUAGGAAAUUGCAUCACUUCUGGUUCGAAGAUUAGAUCCGUUGACAAACUACAAAAUAAUAUGGCUGCGAAGAACAACAUAUUGACUCAAACUGCCCUGAGAGUUCUUCUCAGAAAAAGAGAUAAACUGUGUCAUCAGCAACGCAUUAUUGAAGAUGAGAUUGCUCAGUGCGAUAAAACUAUCCAGACUAUCAUAGAUGGCUGUGAGGAUGAUCUGGCAUUGAAGAUCGAAUCUAUUAUUGAAGGAUGUAAUGAUGUAUGCCUAAGAAGUGCUCCCCAAAUGCAAGAUAGGACUUACCAGCUAUUGGAAUGUCCACCUUUAUAUCUCAAGAGGAAAAGAUUGUCUGAGGCUGUUCUCGCUUUGCAAAGUCCAUGUCAGGAAUUGGAUGGAAUAUGCUAUGAGAACAAUUGGAUAUUACCAACAUAUCGGGUAUCUUCAAGAGAUGGUGGAUUUCAAGCAGAAAUAACUGUAAAAGGGAUGGAUUUUGAAUGUUCAAGUGGGGGUGAUUUGCGUGCUAAUCCACGUGAAGCUAGGGAAUCGGCUGCUGCUCAGAUGUUGGCCAAAUUGCCAAGUAUGGCAAACCCGACCUCGUAGUGUUGGAUCCCAUCAGCGAAAGAGAAGCCUUGAAAGUAGAAACAGCAUGAUAGCUCGAGGAAUUCCUUCUCCAUUGUUAUGGAACUAACAGGGGAAAUUGAUUUUCCAUGUAUGUGAAAUUUUGUAGGCUCUCCGAGAUGUCCUGGCCUCAUUUGAAAAUCUAGGGUAAAACCAUAUGUGAAGGUAUGUGAUGACUGAACGUGAAUAUUUAUACCUUACAAAAGGUCGCCUAGUAAAUGUAAGUUGUCCGAUCUGGAUAGAUAAUUACUCUAAUAAGAGAAAUAAUUAUAAAAAAAUGAAGUGGUUGGGCA